UAGAGUCCAAUGUCCUCUACCUACUGAAUGGAGAGCUGAAGGCCACGGCUUGCUGUAAACAUACGGAACUAUGGUUAACUUUGUAGCACUUGCCCGUGAGCACUGGACCAACAUCUUGGUGCCCUUGGGCUUUGUGAUUGGAUGGUACCUUGACAAACAACAGGACCAGAAGCUGACAGCUUUCAGGAACAAAAGUCUUUUGUUCGGCAGGGAGCUGAAACCUGGUGAGGAGGUGACCUGGAAGUAGACUGCCCCUACCUGCAAUGUGUCCUGUCAUCUGUGGUGUGAAUAACUGAUGGGUGGCCCUCAAAUCAGAAUAUUUAAGACUUCUAUAUGUCUGUUUUUGAGUUGGAUCAAACAAUCUGUAAUAAUUUAAGUUGUAUCAACCGAUAAUAAACAUGUUCUUUCAUCA